AGAGACUAAACAGUUUACCCAAAGUCCCUGCUGGACGUGGCAGAGCCAGGAUUUGAACCAGGAUCUCGUAGCUUCUGCUCCAGAGUUUUGAUCCCUCCCCAGUGUGUUCUCCGUGCAGGGGAUCUAUAGAGUCUGUGGCCGAUAAUAUCCCAGCUCACGUUUACGAACUGCUUUAAGUGUUUCCCAGGUUAGCUCAUUUCAGUCUCAUGAUGCUCUUGAGGGUUAUUACACUUUGUGCCCCUUUUUAUAUCUCAGGAAACUAAGAUCAGGGCGGGAUUUGAUCAGGAUCAGAGAGCACGACAGCCAGAAUGUGGACCCAGCUCUUCCCGGAUCUUCCCGGCUUUCUUGUUCAGUUACUGAGCCAUCCAGCUAGUCUUAAAGCUGAUCAGGUCCCUCUCCUAUUCAAGAAGCUUCAGUAGCUCCCUCUUGCCUCAUCCUUCUGACUACCUCACAGGCACAGGGUGUAGUCUCUUCUUCUCUCUCCUUUCAGCCCUAAUUGGCCUUUUUGCCAACUGGAGAGGAUUCUGCCCCUCCCACCUCCCUCCUAGAACCCUUUGCUUGCAGCUCAGGUCCAGGGCCACCUCCUCCAGGAAGCCUCCCCUGCUCCUGCUGGGUGCCAGAGCCCUCCCUGGUGAAAUGACUGGUCUGCAUUUACUCAGGUGGAACAAAAGGCAGGGGCACACCCGGCACGAGGAGGAGCUCCCAAGAACAGCACCGCGUGAAGUCACCCAGAAAGCCUCUGAUCAGGAGGGAUGGGGUGAUCCGUGGCGGGGGAGAGCUGCGGGCCGCUAGAAAAAGGCGGGGAAGACGAGGACAAAGCUCUUAGCCUUUGGGACCUCAGUUUCCCCUUCUGUGAAGCUAAGGGGUUUCACCAAAUGGUCCCUGGGUCCCUUCCAAAGCUUUAAAGACAAGGGAACAGGCCCCGAAAGCGAGUCGCUGGUAGUGAUUGGCAGGGCUGCCAGCCAGACAGCGUCAGGGCUGCUGCUCCCGGGGCCUGGAGGGUCAUCAAGAGCUGAGUCUGGGUUGGGGGGAUGCUGCCCCAGGGGAAGGAGGACCCACAGACCUCCUGCAGCGGACUUGGCCAUCUCCGGCCUCUCUGGGGCCUUCCUUGCUUUGGGUUGUGGCUGUGCAAAGGUUAGACGGCAGCCUCUGACCUCGCCCCUCCCACAGCCUCCCUCCCUGCACAAGAUCUGGCGUCGAGCCCAAGGAAAGGAGGGUGGAGUCACUGCAUGUGGGAGGAGGAGGAACCAGCCCACCGGGUACUCCGGGGGGCGACUGCCAGGGAUGGGGCGCCCUGCCCCCCUGCUGCCUUCAGCGAGCUGCCAUUGCCACCUAGUGGCUCUCUGGCCAGUCCCCUCGAGGUUUAAACAUUAGUGAGAAGCUAUCAGCUCAGGCCUGGGAGAGGAGCCGAGUUAUACUUGGGCCAACUUCUCCCCUUGCCAGAGCCCCCUGUUCCUGGCCCUGUGAGCCUCGGACGAUGCCUGUGGAAGAGUUUGUGGCUGGCUGGAUCUCUGGAAUUGCGGGCUUGAUGCUGGGAUACCCCAUAGACACAGUGAAGGUUCGGCUGCAGACCCAGAACACGUAUCGGGGCGUCGUGGACUGUGUGAUCAAGACGUACCGCCGGGAGUCAGUUCUGGGCUUCUUUAAGGGGAUGAGCUUCCCCAUCGGCAGCGUGGCCGUGGUCAAUUCUGUGCUCUUUGGAACCUACAGCAACUCCCUGCUCCUGCUCAGCUCCGCCUCCCCCCAGGACCGGAAGGCCCAGCCCCCCAACUAUGGCCACGUCUUUGUGGCUGGCAGCAUCGCGGGGUUCGUGCAGGCCUACUGUUUGGCUCCUUUUGACCUCAUCAAAGUUCGACUGCAGAACCAGACAGAGCCCCGAGCUCGGCCAGGAGCGGCCCCUCCUCAGUACAGGGGUCCCCUGCACUGUGCCAGGACCAUCAUCCGGGAGGAGGGCCCGCGGGGCUUAUUUCGGGGAGCCUGGGCCCUGGUGCUAAGGGAUACUCCUACUCUGGGCCUCUAUUUCCUCACUUACGAAGGGCUCAGUCGGUGGCUUACUUCGGACAGUAAGGAACCUGGCUCGGCUACAAUGCUGGUGGCUGGGGGCUUUGCGGGAAUAAUGUCCUGGACCACAGCCACUCCUAUGGACGUGGUCAAGUCACGGAUGCAAAUGGACGGGCUUAAGCGGCGAAAAUACCGGGGGCUGCUGGAUUGCGUGAUAAGCAGCGCCCGGCAAGAAGGGCCCAGUGUCUUCUUCCGGGGACUGACCCUUAAUAGUGCCCGGGCCUUUCCGGUCAACGCUGUGACCUUCUUCAGCUAUGAGCAUCUCCUCCGGUUCCUGAACUGAAGCUUCUGUUUCCCCAGACAUUUCUGAGUUUGGUUCCCCAAAUCUAGUGCCAGUGGUGGAAGGCCAGCCAGUUUGCUCGUUACCUAAAUUGGCCAAAAAUCCUUGUUCCUUGGGUGGCAGGAGUUGGGUUCCAGUUGACUUGGAUAAAAGUGACCCAUCAAGACUGGGAUGGAGGGGAGCACAGACAAACAUAAAAGACAACAAACUAGA